AUGAAGAAAGAAGCCAUUAUAAAGUUCUCUGCCAAACGUCCUUGGAUACUACUUCCAAACAGAGAGAGUCCAAUUCCACGAAUUAUACAAAUUCUCAAGGGUCUCCUUCACUUCUCGGGUCAACCAUUCUACAUAACCUCAGAAGGCGACAUCCAACCAGUUCAGUAA